AUGGCGUGGAACGAGCCGUUUGGCGAGCCGGCUCACCGGCCCGGUCGCCCCCCGGCCGGCCCUUCUACGCCCCUCCCCACGACGACGGGUAUUUCGGCCCCGGCGCCGCCGACCCGGCUUGGUCCCGCCCCCGAUUCGGCGCCUUCGACGCCGGGCCCCCCGCGGCCGCCGCUGUGGAGAUCGCUUCCCCGGCCGCCGAGCGGAGGUACGGCGGGACGCGAGGCCCGAGCGGGAUUUCGGCUCGCUCGACGUGGCUGCCAAGUUCGGCGACCUCGAGGUCGUCGUCGAGGAGAGCGACGACGCCGGCAGCGGGGCCAUCAACUUCGCCGCGUACGAGAACGUGCCGGUGGAGGCCAGCGGCUCCGACGUCCCGCCGCCGGCGGGCACGUUCGAGGAGAUCGACUUGGGGAGGCGCUGAGCCUGAACAUCAGGCGUUGCAAGUACGCGAAGCCGACGCCGAUACAGCGUCACGCGAUCCCGAUAGCCGUCGCCGGGCGCGACCUCAUGGCGUGCGCACAGACCGGGUCCGGCAAGACGGCCGCCUUCUGCUUGCCGAUCGUCUUCGGGGUCUUGCGCGAGGGCUCGAAGAGAGACAGGCACCCGUCGUCGAGAAGAACCGCGUGUCCUUCGGGCCUCGUUCUGUCUCCGACGAGGGAGUUGGCUUGUCAGAUAUAUGAAGAGGCGAAAAAGUUUGCAUAUCAAACCGUUGUGAAGGUUGCUGUUGCAUAUGGUGGUGCGCCAUUUGGUCAGCAGUUGGCAUCGCCACCUUCGCUGCCCUGCCGAGACUGUGUCCGGCGGCAUCACGAAUCUAUUGUUGAAGGUUUCUGUGAAAGAAGAAAGCGGAAAUGAGGAAUCCAUUACCGUCAGAUUGUAUGGGCCGAACACCGAGUAUGUCAUUGACCGCGAAAGAGAAUUCCACGUGAGUUUUUAUUUUGAAUAACUGUGUUGUAUGUUAAUUCCUUGUUUUUUAGUAGACUGGACUUGUUUCCUGAGUGCUUUAAUGGAGAGUUCUGUAAUCUCAUUUUUCCAGCAUGUAUUAUUUCCUUUAGUUAAGGUUUUUCGUUCUUGAUCUCUUUGGUAUUCA